AUGUCUUUUACACCUAGCAAACACGAUUUAGCAGCGUUUUUCGGAUCGUCGGAGUCACGAACUUCGAAAGUCUCAUCCGUGAACGUCGACGUGAGUCAUGGAACCAAGGGUCUGUUAAGGGACAGCUAUGUAAAGUCUAAUCAGUCUCUUAUUAUGAAGAUUCAUCAACUUGAGGCAAAAAUCCGAAACAGUAAUAGAACAAUUGAUGCACUGAGAGAAGAAAAUGCUCUGUUAAAGAAAAAACUCUGUGAUCGUGAAAAUAUGGAUGAUAGCCAUCUCGUCGAUGCUUUGAUAGAAGAACGAGUCAAGCGAAAAUUGCAUAAACUUAGGAUUAUCAGCACAAGAACAAUCGCCUAUCUUCAGAAGGCAGCGUUGAAUCUCAAAGAAGCUGUUGAGGACUUCGGAUGCCAGGUGUUAACGGAGAAAAUCUAUUUUGUACGCUUCACAGUUUACAUGAAGCCUUCGGACGAGUUUGUUCCUUCCGCCACAGAGAAUUUCGCCAGAGGAAGCGAGCGUACACGUAUCGUUUUCUAG